CUUACAUUUGUUAGGUUAUGGCAGCAGUGCAAGCCCAUGGUCCCACACGGUUUGCUUAUUAGCUUGUUCUGUGGCAAUGGGCUCUGUCUCCUUCGUGUGCGUGUGUGUCUUUGCAAGUCUUCUCUACAUAAUUACUACAUACUUGUAUAUAUAAAUAAAACACAAGAGGGAAAGGGAAGCUCAACUCAACUAGUACAUGCUCAACCCAACAAGAAUACCCGGCCCGGUGAGCUAGAAACACACACACACACACACACACACACACACACACACACACACACACACACACACACAGAGAGAGAGAGAGAGAGAGAGAGAGAGAGAGAGAGAGAGAGAGAGAGAGAGAGAGAGAGAGAGAGAGAGAGAGAGAGAGAGAGAGAGAUGUAUCACUGGGGACUUGUUGAUUCAGGCCACCUGCAUGAAGUGAACAAUGAUGGCAUCCUCUCCUCUCGACCAGACACCUUGCUUGCCAACGGAGGAGCCUUCCUGCCUUCGCCAGCGUCGGCCGCCGCCUACAUGCUCCCUCCCCAUGCCGGCCAGCAGGCCUGCUUGUCACCGGCGUCGUCCGGCAUGGCCGCCGCAACGUCGCCGUUCCGCCGCGCCACGAGCACGGGAGACCUCCUCGUCAGGGACAUGGAGGAGGAUCAACGGGUGGUGGCGGCGCCGGCGCUGGCGCCGGGGAGGUACAGCGCGGAGGAGCGGCGGGAGCGCAUCGACAAGUACCGGAGCAAGCGCAACCAGCGAAACUUCCAAAAGAUCACGUAUGCUUGCAGGAAGACUCUUGCCGACAGCCGGCCGAGGGUGAAGGGCCGCUUCGCUCGCAACGCCGGCGAUUGCACGGAGGCAGAUGGAGAUGACCAUCAUCACGUCCAGCAGCAAGCUGCCGCCGCCGCCACACUGCCGCCGCCUCGCUCAGAGUCCGAGUCAUCAGAGUGGUGGCCGGCAGCGCAGCAGGAGGACGAUGCCGCCGGCAUCGACCUAGACGACGACAUGCUGGCCGCCUACCUUGGCGUCUCCUCCAUCAGCCUCUACUCCCCCUCCGCCGGCGCCGCCUCUACUCCUACUACUACGCUGCCUCAUCACCAGCAUCACUACAGCUAGCUGCCGUCCAUUGCAAGCUAGCUGUAUGAUCGAUUACCACCUCUCUCUGAGUUCCUGAUGGAUCCAUGUGCAUGCCUAUCCAUAUUGCUCUGUCGGGUGCACACAGAUAUAGACAGCGACCAACAUUUGUCAUGCAAUUUUAAUUUGGUGAAACAAGUAGAUCAAAGAAAAAAGAGAGACAAGUUCCCACUCCAACCCGUCUACACGGAAGGAGUAUGUACCACUCUUUGCCAGACAAAUGCAACAUUUACAUCUCAAAAGAGCAAAAGUGUACACAUGAAAAAAAAAGAGUUUUCUAAAAAAAAGAGAGCAACAGUAAUGGCAAGGACAUCCAUUUACAAAGUA